AUGGCUAGGAACCUUGUUGGUCUAGGUGUUAGUCGUAGUCAUGCAGAUGUAUUGCUUCCAAGUGCUGGUGGUGGUCUAUACUUGGUUUGUAUGAUCCUGAUGUCCCUUUCAGUAAUUUCAGCCAUAAUACUUUCUUGUGGUAGAUCGUCUCGCAAGAAGGAAGGCAAUAGAGAUACCAUUGGAGGAUACGGACCGUCUCGCGAGAAGAAAGACAAUAGAGAUACCGAUGGAGGAGACGAAGAUGGAGGAGAUGGAGGAGGCGGAGAUGGAGGAGAUGGAGGAGAUGGAAGUGACGGGGGACAUGGCCACCAUGACCAAGGGGGCGGGGGACAUGGCCACCAUGGCCAAGGGGGCGGGGGACAUGGCCACCAUGACCAAGGGGGCGGGGGACAUGGCCACCAUGGCCAAGGGGGCGGGGAACAUGGCCACCAUGGACAUUGGGGCUGGGGACAUGGCCACCAUGGCCAUGGGGGCGGAGGACAUGGCCACCAUGGCCAUGGGGGCGGAGGACAUGGCCACCAUGACCAUGGUGGUGGAGGACAUGUUGGUGGCGGAGGACAUGUUGGUGGCGGCGGUGGAGGUUUUUAG